UGUCGGCGGAGAGAGUGCUCGCCCACGACUGAAGACAUGACGGCGGCCUUGCUGCCCGUGCUGACGGCGCUCCUGUGCGGGGCGGCGCUCGCCCAGUACGACUCGCCCACACCGCCGCGGCCCGUGAUCCCAGGGGCCGUGCCAGCGCCCCGCCCCCAGCUGCGCAGGAUCCAGGCGCCCCUCGGGGGCCGCGCCCUGCCGCAGGGCGUGCUGAGGGUGCGCCGGCCCCCCGCCGCGCGCCCGCCGCCCCCGCCGCCCCCGCAGCAGGACGAGGAGGAAGAGGACUUCUCUGCGCUGCGCAGCGGGCCCUCGCUGCCGCCCGCCUUCGCCAGCCUGCCGCCCCGCCCCGUGGAGGAGCGGCCCGAGGAGGAGCCCGAGUACGAUGCCCUGGAGCUGGAGCUGAACAGCCCCGCCCCCAACACCCCGCCCCCGCCGCCGCCGCAACCCCCCAGGACAGCCCCCACCCCGGCGCGGCCGCAGAGCCUGCAGCCCGCCGUGUUCCGCCCCUCGAGGCCCGCCUUCAGGCCCGAGAGGCCCCCGCAGGCCCGGCCCGCGCCCGAGGACCUGCCCGUGCCCAGCCGCCAGCAGUUCCGGCAGCAGGGCCGGCCUAGGCCGCCAGCGGAGCCGCAGUUCGCGCCACAGCCACAGGUGGCGCCCCGCAGGCCGCCGCAGCAGCAGGUGGCGCGUCAGCCCGCCCCCGAGCAGGAGUACAUCAGGGAUAAGCGGCCCAGGAAGCCGGUGGCUCAGGUGAUCCACAAGUACCGCGACGACAACCCGGACGGCAGCAUCACGUGGGGCUACGAGAACGACGACGGCACCUUCAAGGAGGAGACGAUCGGCGUGGACUGCAUGGUGCGCGGCAAGUACGGCUACGUGGACCCCGACGGCGUGAAGCGCGAGUACAGCUACAGCAGCGGCAUCCCGUGCGACAAGGACAAGGAGCGGGAGAGCGAGGGCUUCAUCGACUACCAGAACAACAAGUACGUGCUGGCCAACGGGGACACCGUCGACCUGCAGGGCAGCAUCAAGAACAAGGGGCGGCGCCCCGCGCCCGUCAACAGCUACAGGAACUAGCCCGCCGUCGCGUGCUCCCACCACGUGCAUCACGGUUCCCGGCAUGUUAUGUGUCAUUGGUGUAGCCUGAAGAAAUGACACUCACGACACAAUGUGGUUCUCGAUAAAGAUGGCAUAAAAUUUCAAAGUACCUAAAAGUGUUUAGUUGGAAUGUACACAAAUAAUAAUGAUCUUAACAGCAAUAUUUAUGAUUAAAUGUUUUCAAAACCACCAAAGGUUAUAACUGUUUGUAAUUAUAUUAAGUGUAUGUGAUUAAUAAUUAACUACACCCAAUGUUUACAAUUUUUAUUUUUUCUCAAAAACUCCGAAACAUAAAUAUAUUUACAAGUGUAAAUAUUUAUAGAAAAUAAUUUGUGCAAUGUAUAUUAAAAAUCAAACACAUUCAUAUAAAUAGGUACUAAAAUUAGGUAUACAUAAUACCCAAUGCAAGACAAUUAGUUAUCAAUCUUUGUAUGUACAUAAGUUUUAUUAAUUUUAGUAGCAUUUAAACUGUUAGUAAGUGUUCUAAAACUUUACUGGAGUUUGCAAAAAAACAUAAUUCCUGUUCUUAAUAGGCCUACAGUUAAUGUGUAGAUAAUUAUUGGUUGUAAAGACAUAAUUGUAGCUCAAAUAUGAUAUUGUAAUGUUUUAAAAACUGUCCGAAAUGAAACACUAUUCAUAUUGCUGAAAACUUGUUAUAAAAAAAUUUCUUAUCAAAAAUUUGUUAGUUUAAGUUUUAGGUAAAACUUAAAAUUUAAAAAAAAAAUAUCAUGUAUAUGAAAGAAUUAUGUGAUUAAAAUAUGUAUUUGUAGUAAUGAUGUAAUAAAAUUAUUUACAUUUUUUUUAA